AUGAUUUUCAAAGUCGCAACACUUUUGCUAAUAUUACUUUGUGUUUCUUCAAGAAACAAUGGUGUGGUGGCAAGUCUUCCUGGAGAAGAAGAAGAAUUGCAAAUUCUUAAAAAAUCUGAUAAUGUCAAAACUAUUCAGCUUGAGAGUGGUGAUAUUGUCGACUGUGUAGACAUCUACAAACAACCUGCAUUUAGUCAUCCUUCGCUCAAAAAUCACAAGAUCCAGGUGUUACCAAAAUCAUAUCUUGCUCGAAGAGAGAAACAACUACAAGAAUUAAGGUUAAAAGGGAAAGCUUGCCCGCAUGGAACAGUUCCAAUACCAAGAACAACAAAGCAAGAAUCAGUGAUAGCAAGAGCUUUGAAUCCCACAACAAUUUCAGCCGCUAACAACAAUAGCCCUCCUCAGGUGCUACCAAAAUCAUAUCUUCCUCGAAGAAAGAAACAACUACAAGAAUUAAGGUUAAAAGGGAAAGCUCGCCCGCUUGAAACAGUUCCA